CCAGUUAUGUUAUUACUAGAUGUUUCGCUACAUUGGGGAAAAAAGGCGUCUUCUUACCUUCAGUGAUGCUUGAGUUUGCUGUACAGAUGACCUGUCAGGGAUGUGUGGAGGUAGUUCACAAAUCCCUGAAAGAUGUGCAAGGUAUUACAUCAAUAGAAGUCAUCUUGGAUGCAGAAAAGGUUAUUGUUGAAACAACACUGCCUUCAGAGACUAUCAAAUCACUUCUAGAGAAAACUGGCAAACGAGCUGUGCUGCAAGGAAUGGGUUCAAGUAAAGUGCCUAGCCACCUUGGUGCGGCAGUGUCAAUACUGGAUACAGGAAGUGAAAUGAUUAAAGGAGUGAUACGGUUUGUUCAGUCGGAUGAAAAGUCCUGUGUUAUUGAGGGUACAGUCGAUGGCCUACCUUCUGGCAAUCACACAUUGUGUAUUCAUGAACUGGGAGAUAUUUCACAAGGGUGUAAGAGCUGUGGUGAUAUUUUUGGUGAAGGAUUAACAGAAAAGGUGAAGGGUAUUCUCAGGGAACUAAAAGUUGGAACAGAUGGCCGAGCAAUAUUUAGGUUUGAAGAAAACCAACUAAAAGUUUCGGAUAUGAUUGGUCGUUCUACUGUAAUACAUUGUGGAACAGUUAAUCCGAGCAAGUCAGCUGGUACUGAUCAAGAUAAAAGACUGGUGUGUGGUAUAAUAGCACGUUCAGCUGGACUGUUUGAAAACCCCAAGAAGAUCUGUGCCUGUGAUGGCGUCACGAUCUGGGAGGAGAGAGACAAACCCUUGGCUGGUGGAAAUAGAUCAAACCUUUCAUGAUAUUUGUUUUUAUUAAGGAUCAAUCACUUUGAAAUUGCACAGCUAACUAGUUGUUAGAAAUCACUCAGUCAUUUAUAACAGCUGUAAAAAUAACUGAGGCAAUUGAAGAAUCCUGCCAUUUUUGCUAACAUAAACCAGUAAAAAUGUUCUAACUCGGUAAUUACCAGACUGUUAUAUUAUUGGUAUAUUAACUAAUUAAGUAUCCACUGGUGACAGAAGAUGGAUAAUGAAGUGUGAAAUCACUGGGAUAGUUGUAAAUCCAAGCAGAACAUCACAAAUGGUUUAUAUCAAUAAAAAGGUUAAAGUUUGUUUUGUACAACAACAUUAAUUAGAACACAUUGGUUAUUACUCAUUGGUUAUUGGAUGUCAAACAUUUGGUAAUUUUGACAAAUAUUCUUAGAGCGGAAACAUACAUUGUUCCAUUAAUAGCAAGGGAUCUUUUAUAUGCACCAUCCUACAGACAUGAUAACACAUACCACAGCCUUUGAUAUACCAGUUGUGGUGCACUGGCUGGAAUAAGAUGUUUAUAUGACACUGAGUGGAGUAUAUAGAUCUUUAUGGCGAUACUUAAGAGAAAGAGGUUGCAUGUCUAACAUGGCAGUUAUAUACAUGUGUAUGUUUGCACCUAAUGGCCACUAAUUAACUAGUAUUCUGGAGGUGUUUUAAAAUACAUAUUACCAUUGUUCAUAAAUAGACAACUAGCUUGAAUAGCGAGAUGAAUAUUGUUAAAUGUCUAUGGUACAUGUAAGUCUGUCAUACUAUUAUCAUUUAUAAUAGUGCUGUACGUUAAUACUUGUGAAGAAUUGUAGUAUUGUUUAUUUUGUGAUUUGUCCUGAUAUACUGACUCCCUAAUUUAUUGUUGUUGCUACAGAAAUUGUUUUAAUGCAAAUAAGAAAUUUUUUGAUACACUUGUUUUUAUUUUAUCAUGUCAUGUCGGAUUACUAAGCAUCAUACAGUAUAAUAAUAUAAGUAUGUAAUAUUUAUAUAGUAAAACUAGAAAGCCUCUUAUAACAUCCAUGCAUUUUUUACAAUGUGUUUCUUUAACAAAUGUAUGUGUAGUACGUCCUGGACAGUUACUUGCAUGCUACACAAUAAAUGGCACACAUGAAACUGGUGGCUCUGCACAUUAACAUAAUGGAACUAAAAUUAUUGUAUAUCAUCAGAAUUCCAACUAAAAAUCUGAGUGUGGGGUAAAACAAAAAUGUAUACAUGUACAUUACCCAUUAGUGUAAGGGGUAUAUAUAAUUCUGUGGGACUUUUAGUUGUAAUUUUUGCAACCAUCCAUGAUUGUAAUUGUUAUAGUAUGUAGAUUACAAACAUAUGGUUCCAUUUUUUCUAAUCAAGGUCAUUUUGACGUUCUUCAAGGUCAGUACCCAAAAUCAUCAAUGUGAGAGGUGGGGUUUUUCUUUAGAACAUAGACAUGUAAUAUAUCGAUGGAUAGGUAGUGGUGGGCAUUGUAGAAAUAAGUCAAUAUUAUGUAUGAAUAUUGUAUACAGGGUCAUAAAACAUGUUAAUAGCCAUUUUUAAUUAAAUAUAUGUAUUUUUUUCUUUAAAAUGCUAUGCAGAUUUAAUUUAUAUUAUUAAAUUUGUAUGUGUUUAAAUUAUAUCUGUUUCUUAGAUAAACUUUGGGAAUAUAUGACAUUUUUUAUAAUAGUGAUCAUACUAUAUUACCUGCACUGAAUAUUUACGUGUGUAUUUCAACUACAAGGUUUCACUCCAUAUUAACAUGAUCAUCAUCCGACUCGUCACCAUUAAGGAAAAUGUGUGUCUAUGAUGAUAAAAACAUGCCAUUUUGCAUUUUAGGACAUAUCUUAGGAUAUAUUUUUGAAAUAGGAUCAUUGGAGAUUUAUUUGGUGAUUGCUGUGGCCACUUUGGCUGCCAUGUAAUCCAGUGUAGGUUUCAGAAUUGAGCAUAAUUAUGGUUAUUUACACACUUAAUUACACAGAUUUAUAUACGUAAGUCCAUUACACAACUUGUAGGUUACUGCUUAAUGGCAAUUUUAUGUCUUAAAAAAAGAAGCUUACAUUAAGAUAAUUUCCAUUGUUUAUACUAGACUAGUAUGGAUUCUAUAUAAUAAUUUAUAUUUCAAAGGCAGCAUCAGAAUUAAUGUCAAACGCGGUUCUUUGGAGAAUGGUUAUGUUCACCUCGUCUCUUUGGGCAAUUUGACAUCCGUAUUUAAUUAUGUUGCAAACAUUCACAGGGUUGAUAUUACACUGGUUAGUAAUGCCCAAUCCACAUAUUGCAGGCAUGAACCUUGUAGGACAUAUGAGUCACUUGCACCUGGAUUAAUUUUCAAAUGGUGUGGUGGGGACAAAGGUGAGAUUAUUUCGUGGCUGUAUUCCAUGAUAACCAUCAGCCAGGGAGUAGGCUACCACCCCUGAGAGAAAUGUGACUAGAUCAUUUCAUUUGUAUGCCUUUUUUGUGACGCUGCCUAUUCAUCACUCAGUGUGUGUGGUGAAAACUGAAGUUGGCAUUCUGAAUCCCAUAAUAAUCCUGGAUCAGCCUUUGUAUGCCAAUGACAAACGGAUCGAAUAUAUAUAUAUUUUUUUUUUCAUUUGAAUAUUUUAUUUUCAUUUUUGGUCACAUUUUCACACAGUAUAUAUAUAUAUUUUUUUAUACAUACAUACACAGAUCAAACUUAAUAUACUAUGAAAUAAAACAACAAACCUCUUGCCAACAUGUCAUUGAACCUCACUCAGUACUAAACACUCACAUUUUUUUUAUACAUGUAUAUAUAUGGUAAUAAAUACUUAAGAUACUGUUAUGGUGGAUGACCUAGAGAUAUUUAUUCAAACAACCUAUGGUAUACACUCCAUCUUUUAAUAAAUUCAUUAUAUUUGAUUUUAUGGGAAUACAUUUUUUUUUCUAAUAUAUAAUAAGAAUGGAUAUGAAUUUUUAAUAUUUUAAUAUCUAGUGAUUUCUUCAGAAAUUUUGAACUAUAUAUAAAUUGCUUUGUCAAAAGAGCAAUAAUGUCAAUUAUGAUAUUGUUCUUUGAGUGGCCAAGAAGAAAACUGGUACGAGAGAAGCUAACUAUAAUGUCUGCCGAUUCUUUUAUCCAUUGCUCGACUUGUUUAAUUAAAUUUUGGACGUGUACACAAUCAAAAAAUAAAUGCGUAUACGUUUCAAUAGACGCAUUACAGAAGCUACAGUUUAGGCUGCUUAUCACUUUAAUAUUAUAGAGAAAUUUGUUUGUAGGGAGAAUUCUUUGGAUUAUUCUAUAUUGGAACCAUCUUAAUUUGGUAUCCUUAGAUAUACUGAACACAUUGCUGUUGAUACUUUUCCACCAAUUGUAUUCUUGUUCAAAAUUUCAUUCUCUUUCCCAUUUAGAUAUAUUUUUUGGUGGAGAAAAAGACGACUUUAUAUAGGUGUUAUAUAUAUGUUUUGACCCCUGUUUGUUUUGUAUUAUGGUAUUUAUAUACUUUGGCCAAAAUAGAAAGUCAGCUGAAAGUGGUUUGGUGGAUAAAAAUGGCCAUGUAUGUAAUAUUGCAGACUUUAGCCCUUCAAAUGUAGUAAUUGGUGGAUGAAAGCCAUAAAAUUCACAAAAUCCAUCAUAUUUAAAUAAGUUGCCAUCUGGGUCAUACAUAUCAUGUACGUUUGUUUACCUAUUAUAUUCCAAUUCUGGUAAUAAACAGUUUUGUUACCAAUUUUAAUUAGGGAGUUGAACCACAGUGGUUCAGAACUUACAUCAUUUUCGUUAAGUUCCACUUUCUUUUUGAAUAAUGCUAGUAUAUUGAAUACCUGUUUCCAGAACAUAUUUGUAAUUUUUUUCCCACACAGUUUAUGGUAAUCAUCUCCUAUAUUAGUAAAUAAAAUAUUUUUGUUUGGGAGGUAACAUCUAAGAAUAUGAUAUCAUAAUGAAUCAUGUCCAUUUAUUGCUCUUCUAAUCCAUGUUAAUUUUAAGGAAUUCAUAAAAUAUUCUAAGUUUACCAUUUUUAAACCACCAUUUUCUAUAUCCUGCAUUAGCGAAUUCCGAGAAAUUCUAUCUAUGGAACUCUUCCAAAUAUAUGAAUAAAAGAUCUUGUUGAUUGUUUUUAUUAUGCCCUUGUCUGGAUUGGGGAUACUGAGAAUAAGGUGACAAGUUUAGAUAGAGCCAAGGAUUUGACAACGGUAAUUCUACCCAGCAUAGUAAGAUGAUGUUUAGACCAGGUAUUCAGUAACUUUGAAAUCUCAUCAAUUUUGUCAGUAUAAUUUAAUUGUACAAUUUGAUUUAACUGGACACUAAUUUAAUUCCCAAGAAGGUAAAAUUCUUUUGUGACCAUUUUAAGAUUUUAUCUUUACAUAGAUUUUAUAAUGUCCUCGCCAUAGUUAAAAAAAAUUAAGGUUUUGUUAAUUAAUCCCCAAAAUACUGAAUCAAAAGCUUUCUCAAAAUCUACUAACAAAAGGAGUGCCGGAAUAUUACUUUCACUAGUGUAAUGCAUCAGGUCAUAUAAUAAUCUGGUAUUUUCGGCUACACACCUGCCUGCUAGGAAACCCUUUUGAUUUUCAUGAAUUAAUUUAUCUAUAGAUUGCUUUAUUCUAUUGGCUGUACAGCCAGAAAUGAUUUUAUAAGUGGUAUUUAUUAAAGAUAUUGGUCUCCAGUUUUUUAGAACAUCACGGGGUUUAUUUCCUUUUGGCAACAGAGUAAUAAUGCCUUGUUUUUGAGUUAUUGACAGCUCGCCAAUUUCAAACGAAUAGUUAAUGCUUCGAAGUAAAUAUUUUCCAACGUCCUGCCAAAAGAAUUAAAAAAUUUGACUGUGAACCCAUCUGGCCCCGGCGUUUUAUUAUUUUUCAUAUUUUUUAAUAUAUACAAUGCCUCACUUGCUGUUAUUUGACCUACAUAUUCGCUAACAUUUUCAAUUUUGAGAAUAUUUGUAUAUCUAAAAACCUCAUCUAAAUCAAUAUCUAUUAGAUAUUCUUCCUGUGACAUAUAUAGUUUCGAGUAGUACGAUCCGGCUUCUUCCAAUAUUUGAUUUUGUUCAAUAAUAAUGUUACUAUCCUCACAAACAAGUUGGGUUAUUGUUUUAUUUACAUAGUUUCAUUUUUUUAGAUUUAAAAAAUAUUUCGAUGGCUUUUCUCCGUCUUCUAUCCACCUAGCUCGGCUUCUCAAAAUUAAACCCUUCAUAUAUUCCUUUCUAUCUAAUUCCUCCUGUUUUUUCUUUUCUUCCAACCAUUCAACAAAUAUCUGUUACUCAGGAUUUUUAUCCACUAACUCAGUUAAAAAAUUAAUUCGAUUUUCCAGUUGUUUUCUUUUUAAUUCCUUUUCCUUUUUAAGAGCUGCACUAAAACUGAUUGACAUGCCCCUUAGAUCGAAUAUAUAUUUGCCCAAUAUGUCACAGUGAAUAUUAAUUAAUUGUGACUCGCGGAUGCCUUAAUAUGAAGAUGGCAACACUCAAAGUGGUAGCAGAGCUUCUUGAUGGUAGUGAAUUAGUAGAUGUCCUGGUAUAUUUAGGCUGGAGUUGUCUCUUCAGGAACGACAGACUCCCUUUCCAAAAGCCCCUAACGUGAAACGUCCCCAUUAUCAUACAGUAGAAGGCAUGCAUGGUUUAUAUUUCAUGUCGGUCAAAGACUGAUGCAAUCACAAAGCUGAAUCAUGAACCCCGUUCCAGUUUUGUUUUCUAGUUUUGCAGUUGGAAAUAAAAGUAAUGUUCUGUCUCUGAACAUUUAA